CGAGGUGUCCAGAGUCUUUGCGCCAUAUAGCCGACCUGCAGCCAAAAAGAGGCCAGCAUCUCCGUGGUCAAUCAAACCAUCUAGUACCACCUCAUACACACACAAGUUCUUUUGUAUGAGUAGCAGAAAGGAUGACGAAGUGACGAAACACUGACAGCUGCUGGAAUGGGGGAGCGUAAAAUAGUAUUCCCAGAUAAACUUUGCAGUGCUAUGGACUUCUCAGCACAGUUGGUCCACCACUAUCCCAAACUCAGGGAUGGGGGUGGUUAUGAACUGCUUCAUAUCGUCGGUUCGACCAGAAGCAAGGUGCUUGAGGUUCUGCCCUGCCCAAAAAACGGAUAUUCCCCCAUGUACCUUCUCAGUGCUGAAGCAGGACUUGGCAAAGCCACUAUCUACAUUAGACCUCUGCAAAAAGAUCUGUGUCUAGAACCAGUAUGGGGGAGUUCUGCUGAUGAAAAUGAUGGUCCAAUGGUUGAGUGCAUGUAUUGCCACAACAGUUUCAAACAUUCCAAUAUGCAGGAUCACGUAGACAUUUGUACAAGAGAUUUUGGCAACACAGAAACUCCCACAGUACAAGCUGACAACCAUGGAAAGAUGGACACCAGUACAGAAAGACAGGCAACACCAGAGGGCAGUGGUCAUAGACACACACAAAAUGAGACUGACAUGUACAGGCAGACACAGAUUGAAAGCAGCCAACACACUGAGAGACAGGCUGAUAGAUGGCCACAAACCGACAGUGACCACCACAGACUCCAAAGGCAAUCGAGACAGAAAGAAGAACAGCCAUCAACCAGCAGUAACAAUGGUUCAGUCAACAUCUUUCAAUCUCCUGAAAAAAGUCUUAAUGCGCUCUUCCAGCAUGUCAUGGAAGCCUUAUGA